AUGAGUAAAACUAUCGCCGAUGAUUCCGAUUUAGUUUUAUCCUGUACGCUUUGUUCAGAAAAGAUAAGGAUAACAGACUUAGAAAGCCAUUCGAAAACAUGUAAUUCGCAUAUCGCCUCUGCAUCGGUGUCUGUUCCAACAUCACCUAAAUCUGUCCACAAAGAAGCAAUACAUACUCUCAUCAUUAAUGUAACCUGCAUCGAUGAAGAUCAAGAAUCACCAUUUAAAAUAAUAACUAAGACCAAUCUGACAAUCUUUGAUAAAAGUUUGAUUGAGGUCAAUCGUAGUAAACAAGAUUUAAUUUGGCUAAGAGAAGCCUUACAGAUGGUCAAUCCGGAAAGGAUUGUUCCACCAUUACGAGAUGCUUCAGGCAAAUCAAAAAUAGAAACUGUACAAGAAAUGCAGCGAUUUCUAUCACGGAUUAGUAGGCACAAGAUUCUUCGAAAACACCCAUAUUUUAAAGUAUUUAUUACUGGCUCCAACGAGGAGCUAAAAUCGAUUCAAAACGAUUACAGUCAGUUAGAAAAUCCAUAUGAAACGAUCCAUCAUAAACCUAUUCGGAUGGAGAAAGACGAAAAUUCAACGCUUCGUAAGGCACAGGAUUACAUGAAUACUUUAAUUGCCAAUUUAACUAUGUUGCAGAACAACAUAGAAGAAAUGGAUAAGAGCAAAAUAUCAGAUACCGUUUUCCAUGCAAUAGAAGGUAUUGGUCAUUCUGAACCAAGUGAUACAUUUCUCCAGGAAAUUUGCUCUCAGCUUUGUCGAAUGCAAGAUGAAGCCGAUAAGAAUAAAAAUUUAAUCAAUGAUCAAUCCUUAAUUUUGGAUAUAUUGAGUUUGAUUGCCUAUGUUCAAAGUGCAAAGACGUACCUUGAUCGAAUUGAACGCGCUAUCGACAAUUUCCUAUUCUGGGAAGAAGAAGCUAGGCAGUAUGAGAAUGCCAAUAGCCAACAACCGGAUGGAAAGGUCGUUCUAUGUAGCAAUGAAGAUUUAGACAAUCCUUUUAGCGAAAGCCGCAAUGAGGUUCUAUCGAAGCAGAAUGCAUCUAAAGCUCAUCUAGAAGUCAUGUGCUUAGAUAUGUCGAAUGAGAUUGAGCAAUUUGACUAUCAAAAAGAAUUGGAAAUGCAACAAAUAUUGCUGGAAUAUUCAGAAAGAAGAUGUAAAGUUUAUGAACAGUAUCAUAGCAAAUGGGCUGCCAUGAAAUAUACCUUAGAGAUACCAAUUGAUCGCCGUAAAAGAGCUAUCGUGGUGGACAAUAUGGAAUAG